GAUGUGACAUCAGGUCCAAAUCCUGCGGCAGCAGCGCGUCAACGUAAUAUUAUGAAACGAAAACGUAUCCAACAGCAGCUAAAACAGAGACGUAAAGGUGAAGGUGAUGAAUAUUUGAGCGAACAUCAGAUACAAGGUGCAAAACAUCUCGAGUCUGAGGGUGAUGAAGAAUUUGUUGAGUGUGACGGUAAUCGGACUGAUGAUAUUCCGGGUCGUAACGGCACUUUGAUUGUGAUCACUGAAGAUGGCAAAACCUGGCGACGGAGGAAUAUGCGAAAGAAGGGUAGUGAGCAGAUCUUGGAAUAUUUCAAUUGCAUUUCGUGUGAAGCUGUAAAGCGAUAUCUGCCGACGGGUAAAGUGAGUUUGUUCCUUUGUGAAUUCCCGACGUUGUCGUUUCUCUACACACUAGCCACGAACGUUCGUGUACUACAAACGAAUCCAGCAACACGGCAUCAUAUUUGUGGUAAUGCCCGUUCAACGGCACGAACCACUGCCGAACAGCUGGUGCGUAAGCGGAAAGCAGUUGCGAGACUAGCUGGAAUCGGCUCGGUGUAUGCCUAUGACUCGGCCGCAUCUGAGGCCAGAAAUUUAGGAGCUGCAGAAAACUGGGAUGAAUCGUUUUUGUCAAACGUCUUGGAAGAGAUUGUCACGCGAACACCCCGUCGUUCACGCGAACAGCAUCAAUCCAGCCACAACAGUGCUCCUUCCCAUUCUCGCGAGAUUUCAUCCAUUCCGGACUCUCAUUUCGACGAUUCUGGCUGCUCGCGGUCGUCGGUCCCGAAACCGACAGCAACUCAGUCGGCAUCGAAUCAAAGAGCCUCUUCAUGGGUUAAGCGUGAAACGUCGCAUAUUGGUGACGAUGCGUCAAUUCAACGCAGUGUAGCGCAAUCAAAUUGCGGAAAUCAUCCGAAUCGUAUUGUUGGAUCACUUAGUGACAGUCAAUACAGUUAG